AUGGCGUCUGCAAUAGCAUUGGAUUCUCUGGAUGCUGUAUUACUUGAUUCUUCUCUCAAGAGAAAGAUCGAUGAAGUUACUGAAGAUACUCAAACAACAGAUCCAAAAGAUAAGACAGAAAGGGAUACAAAUAAAAGAUCCAAACUUGCAAUUUCAUCUGAUUGGCUACCACCAUCGGUGAGUAGUAUUGAAGAUCCAUUCAAAUUUGCAAGCUCUACUUAUCAUUCAGAAAUUCCUCAGAAUGUUCUUCAAAACGAAACUGAACCAAUUGUACUUGGUGUUGAUGAGGCUGGGAGGGGGCCAGUAUUGGGCGCCAUGGUCUAUGGAAUUGCAUAUUCACUAGAAUCAUUUCUGUCCAAACUACAAAAAGAGUAUGGGUUUGCUGAUUCCAAAGUAUUGACCGACGUGAAAAGAGAAGAGUUAUUCAAGCAAAUAGAGGAUCCAGAACACGAAUUGCAUAAACACAUUGGAUGGGCCACCACUACUAUGACCGCUAGAGACAUUUCCAGCGGAAUGUUACAGUCAGUAAAUGGUAAAGGGGCUUACAAUUUAAAUGAACAAGCACAUGAUACCACCAUUGAUUUGAUUAAACAAGUUUUAGCUAAAGGGGUAAAGAUAUCGAAGAUAUUUGUCGAUACUGUAGGUCCACCAGUAACCUACCAAGCGAAACUAAAACGAUUUUUCCCAGAAAUUGAUGUCACAGUAACGAAAAAAGCCGAUAGUAUCUAUCCUAUAGUGAGUACUGCUUCUGUUGUUGCUAAAGUUACGAGAGAUACAAAUAUAAAAUUCUAUAAUGAAAACUUGCCACUUUUACAGGGCCAAAAAUUGGGGUCAGGUUACCCCAGUGACCCAAACACCAACAAAUGGCUUAAUUCCAAUGUCGACCCAGUGUUUGGUUGGUGUUAUGGCUUUAUUAGAUUUUCAUGGCAAACAGCAAAGGAUAGUUUAGUCAAAAACAAUGCAGCUGAAGUUGUUUAUGAAGAUCAAGGUAGGGUUGAAAAAGGGUAUCAAGAUGUUUUCGCUAUGAUAGAUAAAAAGAAAGAUAAUAGUAAGCUUAAAAAAGACUAUUAUUGUAGUAGUAGUAAUGUAAACUUGUUAUAG